AUGGCGGCCGUGCGCAUGACGCGAACGACGAAGCUGGGCAGAGCCACGGCGAAGCCAAUCGAGGGCGCGAUGACGGCGAAGGAUGGCGAGAAAGGCAUAUUCCUGCCUACGAACUGGCUCGGGUCGGCACGUGGCAAGGCGUGGAUUCCCGCAAUCAAUGCAAGUGGUGGUCAUGUGAAGCUGCCGUGUGAGCGCGAUCUCGGGACGUGGGUCCCUCUGGAUAAGGAUGUGAGUGUACUCGAGGUGAGUGUACUCGAGGUGAGUGGAGCCAUGCGGUCAGAUGCAGUACGUUCGUGGUUGGAUGAGUUGGGUUACACGGAGACGCCCCUGGAAAAGGAAGACGACGUGCACAUCGGGGUUGAGGGCAAGAGCGAUCGGUCUCUGGUGACGAAGCAAGUCUAG